AUGUGGUUCAACCUUACCACUAAUCAGAAGGCCUUUGCUUUGGCUUCUUUGCUCCUAACGCCCGGUGCCUUAGCAGCUGCUAUACCGCCAAGCGAAAUCAACUCGGAGUUGACGACACCCUCAUUUGUUGCUAAUGUUCCGACGAACACACACGUCCCUACAACUGGAGCGGAUGGAAGCCUAACCUCCGACCCAAAUGUAGGUGUGACCUGUCGGACCUGCCAUGAAGACGGUACCCCGAAGAGCAUCUGGGAAAUUAUUGCUUCCCAGCCAAAUGCUGCUCCUAGAUCCGUUGACAGGGACCCUUUCCUGACCGAGCGAGACGACGAUGCGGAAUCUAUCACUGGCCCCCACGGGUACCAGCCUUCCACCUCUGUUGACGAAGCCUCGUCCCUGACAGAGCGGGACAACAUUGAUGCGAAUGAAAUUACUUCCGAAUUUAAAGAGGAGGACACCCUAAGCGGACCUACAGAUGAUGAAGUUGCUCCAUCCAAGACUACACGCCAGCCGACGACCGAGGUGAAACGGGCUGCAAAAGUCACCGAGGAUGCCAAAUACAAGAAGCUCAAGGAAGCCCUCGGGAAAACACCAGAAGUUGGCCAGGGCUAUGCCAUCAAAAUCAGGAGUGAACGAGCUCGAGUCGCCGGCAAGAAGGUCCCCGAUCAUUACCUGAUAGCUGCAGGCUAUGUGACCGAGCAAAAAGAAGGUGGCGUCACCUAUCUCAGGUUUUCCUCGGGAUGCUGGGACAUUCAGCUCGAGGGCAAGAAGAUUGUGUUCACGGACCGUGGUGCCAGCAGCUGGUAUGAUUGGAGCGAGACUAAAAUGGAGGUGCUCGGUAAGAUUAGGUCGGGCGUGGAUAACACGGAGAUCGAGAGAUAUGGGGAACAGAUUGCCGCCAAGAUGAAUAAGAAGGGAUAUAACACCCUUUUUAACAAUUGUCGGGAUUUUGUGCUUAAAUUGUACGCUGAGAUCAAGGCUUGA